AUGAAUUCAUCAGUUUGGUAUCGUCUCUCUCGAAUACCAACUGAUUCAAGCUAUCGUCAUUCUUGUUAUUAUAAUGAUAUUGAUUCUCCAAAAAAUGAUCUAGAUUUUCGUUUACGAACAUGUUAUGAUCAUGCUCAAGAAACUUUUGCAUCGAAAGCACGUCUUGUUGUUCAACCAAUAACUAUUUAUCAAAUACAAAAACCAUACUAUUUUUGUGAAACAAAUAAUUAUCCAUUAAGAAUUGUUAACGAAAAUCGCAAAGAACAUUUUAAUGAAGCAAUUAAAGGUCAACAUAUUGGUUCUGAUCAUUUUGCUAAUGGUAAACAUGGUUAUUCACGUGUUGUUGCUGGUGCUAUGUCAGUUGAUUAA